AUGUGCAACAAUCACUUGCAAAAAAUUCUAUUGUCCCUCAAAAAAAAUGCUCAUGCCAUUAAUUUUCUUGAUCAAAUCCUCACCCAAACCAUCACAACUGGCCUCACCUAUUCCACUCCCACAUGGAACUGCCUUAUCAGAGCCUACUCCAAAAGUCCCACUCCCAUCAAGGCCAGUCUUGUCUACAACUACUUCAUUAAAGCAAGCUCAACCAGCCCUGAUAACUACACUUACCCAGGUUUACUCAAGGCCUGUUCACGUUUGUUUACUGAUUCAAAUGGUAAACAAGUGCAUGCCCAUGUAAUAAAAAGAGGCCUAGAUUCUGACAUUUAUGUCCAAAAUGCUCUUGUCGAUUUUUAUGGCACUGGGGGAAACUCAACUGAUGCUUGCUUUCUGUUUGAUAGAAUGCCUAACAGAGAUGUUGCAAGCUGGAAUUCGCUGAUGGGCAUUUAUAAUACGAAUAAUUCAUUCCUUGAAGUGAUGGUUUUGUUCAAAAAGUUGAUUUGUGACUGUGUUAGAGCUGAUAAUAUCAGUUUGGUGAUUGUAUUGUCAGCUUGUGCACAGGCACAAAUGGAAGGUCUAGAGUAUGGAAGAUUAGUCCAUGGUUUUGUAAUAAAAGAGGGGUUUGGAUGUUUUUUGAAGGUGAAUAAUGCAUUGUUGAAUUUUUACAUUAAGUGCAAAGAAAUCGAUGAAGCGUCGAAAGUGUUUGAUGAAUUUGUUCACGAGGGAGAUGUAGUUUCGUAUACGAUUUUGAUCAAUGCAUAUGUUGAGAUGGGGCUGAUAGAUUUGGCUCGCAACGUCUUUGAUGAAAUUGUUGAUAAAGACCGAAUUUUGUGGAACUUGAUGGUGCAUGCAUAUGUUAAGGCACAGUGUCCGAAUGAGGCGUUGGACCUAUUCGAGAAAAUGGACAGUGAGCGUGUGAUACCAGAUGAAAAUACAAUGGUCAGUGUUCUUUUAGCUUGUGCUAGCUUAUCUGACCUGCAAUGUGGUCGGCUUGUUCAUCGGUUCAUUAACCAGAAUAGCAAUGUAAGACGGGAUGUUUUUCUGAAAACAGCGUUGAUUAGUAUGUAUUCUAAGUGUGGGAGUGUAGAGGAGGGCUUGGUUACCUUUUAUAAGAUGGAAUAUAGAGAUGUUUUUACUUGGACUGCAAUGAUUGAAGGGCUUGCAAACAAUGGGUAUGGGACUGAAGCUUUGAGUAUGUUUAAUCAGAUGGAAAACCAAGGAGUUAGACCGAACGAAGCGACACUUGUUUCAGUGUUAACUGCAUGCAUCCAUUCUGGGUUAGUUGAUGAAGGUUGCCAAUUAUUCAAAAGGAUGCUCAGUGAUUAUGACAUCCAACUCAAGAUGGAGCACUUCGGCUGUCUAAUUGAUCUAUUAAGUAGAGCAGGACUCUUGCAUCAGACAGAAGAGUUCAUUCAGUUGCUGCUACCUGAGGAAAGGCUCGUCGCUUAUAAAACUUUGCUGAGUGCUUGCAUGAAGUAUUCAGAAUUUGAUUUCGGAAAGAAGGUUGCAAAUCAAAUGUCAAAGUUGAGUUCUGAUAGCCAUGAAACUCGUAUCCUGCUAUCCAACUUCUAUGCCCUGGCAGGUCAAUGGGCUCAAGUUGCAGAGACAAGAGAAGUCAUAAAAGAAUUUUACACAAGAAAGGAGCCUGGCAUCAGUUUUGUCGACGUAAAACCAUGA